AUGGAAGAAAUAGAAGAAAGAAGUCUUGAGCCCAACUCUGUUUGGUGCAAUAACAUAAUAUCAAGAAUAAGGAAGGUGCGUGCCAAGCGUGGCCCAAAUUUCACUUUCCAAAUGGUAAGUGAUGUGGGAUCUUCCUCAAUAAAUAUGACCAUGGUACCACUUUCUUUACAUGAAGAAGGUUGCUGUGAAUUUACAUCGUUGAUGGGCAUACAUUCUUGUGUUAUGAGCGUGACUGCAUUUUGUAGACAAAAUAGUCGUAUAGAAGAUAAAUACAAUGACGAUCUUCACGAGAGGAAAAAUGAAGUGCUUGACUUCUUAAAUAAGAUCGAACAACAAUUCGAUAGAAACAAUUGUGAGAUGGAAUCUGGUUGGUACAGUAAGAAGAUAGAAGAAGCAAGGUUGCUAAUUGCCAAAUACGAACCAGCAUUAUUUUCUCUCCAAUCUCAUGAUGUGGAAUCUUCCUCAAUAAAUAUACCUUGGUUACAUAAGGAACUCUGCUAUAAAAUAAGGUUACUAAUUAGAAUAAAAUGUGUUGACUUGAUAGCUUUUUGUGGUGACCCAGUACGCAAAGCUGCUACACUCAAGAUAGAACUUCAGGAGGGGAUAAACAAAGUGAAUAAAUUCCUAUCAGAGAUCAACCUGCAAUUAAAAGAAAAGAUUUGUGACCAGAAUUCUGAUUGGUACAGUGAAAAGGUAGCAGAAGCAAGGACCUUAAUUGCCAAACGUUAUUCAACAUUCCUCCUCCGGCCUCAAGGUGUGGGAUAUACAAAGGAUCAAUACCAGAUUUUUCUCAGCUUUCGAGGAGAAGACACUCGAUACGGCUUUACACGUUAUCUUUUUGAUGCUUUGCAUCAAGCGGGAUUCAAUGUCUUCAUGGAUGAUCGAGGGUUGGAAAGAGGGGACUCCAUUUCACAAAUUCUUAUGGAGGCAAUUGAAAAUUCAAGACUUUCAAUUAUUAUUUUCUCUAAACACUUUGCAAAUUCCACAUGGUGUCUUGAUGAAGUUGUGAAGAUUCUUGAGUGCAAACAGAAGAAAAAUCAACUAGUUUGGCCUGUCUUUUAUAAGGUGGAGCCCUCUGACGUAAGAUAUCAAAAUAGAAAUUAUGGAGAGGCUAUGACUAAACAUGAAACAAGGUAUGGAGAUGAUGUGGUCAGGAAUUGGAGGUCAGCUUUGCACCAAGUCUGCGGCUUCAAUGCUUUCCCGUACAAGAAAAAUAGCGGGUAUGUGAUAUGUUUAAUUUCAUUUACUUUUAUUUAA